CCUGGAACACCCCGGAAGUGAAAACUGAAGUAGGAAGCAAUAACCUUAUCCAUUAAGUUAAAUUACGAAACCACCCUCACCCUCACCCCCUUAACAAGUAACAACAGAUAACGCAGAGUGAAAGGAGAGGUUGAAAAAAAGCGUUGGAUGAAACCAUGAUUGCUCUGAAAGGCAUUCACGCUUCCUUGGGUCCCACGCGCACGCUGCACCACGCCGCCAGACCUCCCAACGCGAGGGCUUCGGUGUCGUGCAAGUCGAGCGAGUCCGACUCUGAUUCCACAGCCGAAGGGAAUGCUCAGAGCCAGGAGCUUCUGGCGCAAAUCGCCAUGCUUCAGACGCAGAAGGUUCGCCUCACCGAUUUUCUCGACGAGAGGUCUCAGUAUUUGAGCCAGUUCGGGGAAGAGGCUAAAGCCGAGUUCGACAAGGUUGGGGAGGACGCGCUUAAGGGAUUGGAUGAAGCUGGUGCCAGAAUAACAGCAAACAUAGAGAGCCAGAUGCUAGAAUUCGAGGAAUCUACUGAGCUUAACAGACAAGAGAUUGAGGAGAGUGAAAACAAAAUAGUGGAGUUUGAGGGCCAAAUGGAGAAGGAGCGAAACGAAGGGCUAUUCUUCAAGAACCUUGAUCAGAAGGCACCUGUUGACAAAGCCAAAGCCAAGGAGGAUGUGGAAAAGAUCAAAGAUGUGAAGAGAGAAAACAAUGGUAGCAAAACCAGGAAAAAUGUUUACCUCUUCUUCAUUGGCUUGCUCACUUUUGGAAUAGUUGAUUCUGUUGCCUCAUCCUCGGGUGCUGAUUGGAAAAGAGUUGCAAUUCUUGGUGGUUUUCUUGUGCUCUUAUUUUCUCUGUUCAUCAAUGAACAAAACAAGGACAACAAGAAAGACUAGAAAUGAAGAGCAAAAGGGUCAACUUCAUUUCUCAUUGUGAUCAAAUAAGAACUUUCUUGGGGGGAAGACAUUGUGAAUAGUAAUGGCUGGUUGAAUAUAUGGCCCCAAGUAAGAGCUUACAACUUGGACUUGAUGCAGCAAUCAGCUUUUGCUAGGGCAUCAACUUCAGCUGAUAUAUUGGUGAUAUCACCAUAGUGUGUCCAGAAUUUGGGGAUGAACUUAGUUUUCAUGAGAUGCUGCAUAAAUGCAGAAUUUCUUUAAAUCUUAUGUUGAUGCAGAAAAUAUAUAUAUAGCUUUCAGGUGCAUCAUCGUCGUCGUCAUCAUGGCUAUUUCAAAUGUGUAUUUAGAAGAACAACGUGUCACUGUCUUUUUAUCAUAGUGUCAUCAUAUAAACAAAUAUUGUGAAA